CCAUGCUGUGCCUCAAGAACUCCACGCCCUGAGCCUCAACGCCAACGCCCGUCCUUUUCGCCUUAUACCUAUAGACGGCGCAUUCAAUCGCAUUAAACAAUGUCGGAUCUAGAGACUGUUUCUGCCUUUGUCGAGGGAGCUCCUCCGGGAGAGCUCGCAGAUGUUAUCGCAGAUAUCAAGUCCCUCACCCUCGAAACCUCGCCCGAUAUCAUUUCCAACCUCGGUCCCGCAUUCGAAAAGUACAAUGAGGAGCAGUUUGUUACGGUGAAGCUGCCUGGUAGCAGCCAACCAGUGAUUAUUAGCUCUCACAACUCGCUUGGAGACGGCCGAUAUUACGAUGUUGAGAGCUCUUCCAGCUUUGCUUUCGACCACACUACGCAGAAAGCUAGUGCCGUGCAAAGCCAUGUUCUGGAAGGAGCUCAAGCGGAUCUUGUCAAAUCCACCCUCAAGAGUAUCGGACCCUACGUUGAUGAGCACUUCGCCAAUGCUGCGCACGGAGUCUACCCAAUCGAGUCGGACUCCAAAAUUGCGAUCGUUAUUGUUGGCAACAAAUAUAGCCCCAACAACUUCUGGAACGGACGCUGGCGGUCGCUUUACAUUCUUGACCCAUCUUCCGGAGCUCUCGAGGGCUCCCUAAAGGUUGACGUGCACUAUUACGAAGACGGCAACGUUCGUCUGCUCACCAACAAACCCGUUUCCAGCACCAUUUCCUCCGUCAACGGCGCCAGUAUCGUCAGAGAGAUCUCGACCACAGAGAGAAAGUAUCAGGAGGAGCUGAACAAGGGCUUCGUGAGCCUCAGUGAGGGAGCCUUCAAGGGUUUGCGACGACAGCUCCCUGUGACGAGACAGAAAAUUGAGUGGGAUCGCGUGACGAGCUACAGGCUGGGUCAAGAUAUUGGUGGUGGAAGCUCGAGGCGAUAGAGCAUGGCCAUUAGUAGCGCACGAAUUUGAACGAUAGACUGGACGAGGAACAACGUAGAAUACAUGCCAAGGAUCGAUGUUCUAUCUUGAAGGUGCUAGCCUCUUCUGAGUUGGAGGAUUAAGAAUGCGAGCAUCGAUCGAGGAUAGUACGGGCUUGGAUGCGAUUAUCUCGAUAAUCAAACCGUAUUAUCCAAGCCUUUAAUAACUGCAUGAUCACUAGUCCACGAAUCACUAGAUUGGGCAUUUGGUAUGGAACGCUUCGGAGGCUACUAGUCUCAUGCACAACGUGUAGCACAUAAACCGAGUUUGUGACUGACGGGAGCUUGACGGAUGGCACUCCGGGCAUACAUGACCGAUGAUGUAAAGUGGUUGUGAAUGUUUAUCUUAUCGUUAUCCG